CACCUUGGCUCUGAAGGAGGAAGAAUAUGUUUCUGGGCCCUGGCAUGCCAGGGAUUGACAGAUACUUUCUCACAGAAAUGACCUACAAAUGGGUCAGUUUUGUGUGACUGGGAGAGGCGAAGUCUGCUGAGACAUCAGCCGAAAUUUGUGAUAGAAUUCCAGUGUGUCCAAGGCUUGCCCUGUACCCCUUGCUCAGGGUUAUGUCUUAUUGAACCAUACUGGCUGCAUCCAUGGGGGCAGGAAUCUGGCAGGACUGGGGAGCUUCUGAGCUGUGUUUGGGCACCUGUUGGAAGGGUGUGUUAAGGUAACCUGCCCUGCUUGGGAGUGACAAGGAUGAGGCUGGGAGCAAGUGGUGCAGAGUGCCAGCCUGCUGAGUCAGCAUGACUGGCCUGGAGCAGCCAUGCUCUGGACCCUGCCUGCUGCUUGCAAGGCUGUUUUUUAAAAUGUGGCUUCCAUGUAUUCUCACUCCUCCUAGUUUUUUAAUUUCCCCCACUAUAAACAAAAAACCAGCAUUGCCACGAAGUCUCCAUGGCAGCAGAGGUGUGGAAGGACAGCAGUUUCUGCUCAGGGACAGAGUCUGCUUCUUAACCCAGCUGACAAGGCUGUCGUGUUAUGACGACCCCCAACAAAGGAAACAAGGCCUUGAAGGUGAAGAGGGAGCCAGGCGAGAAUGGGACCAGCUUGACAGAUGAGGAGCUGGUGACCAUGUCUGUGCGAGAGCUGAACCAGCACCUACGGGGCCUGUCGAAAGAGGAGAUCAUCCAGCUGAAGCAGCGGCGGCGCACGCUGAAGAACCGCGGCUACGCAGCCAGCUGCAGAGUGAAGCGCGUUACCCAGAAGGAGGAACUGGAGAAGCAGAAGGCAGAGCUGCAGCAAGAAGUGGAGAAGCUGGCCUCAGAGAACGCCAGCAUGAAAAUGGAACUUGAUGCUCUCCGCUCCAAAUACGAGGCUCUCCAGAACUUCGCCAGAACCGUGGCCCGGAGCCCCGUGACCCCUGCACGGGGGCCUCUCUCUUCCAGUAUGGGGCCCCUCGUCCCUGGCAAGGUUGCUACUACUAGUGUCAUCACAAUAGUGAAAUCCAAAACGGACGCCCGGUCUUAGUGAAGUGAGCGUUGCCUGAGCUUGUCUGUGCAGGGCAGUUAGGCACAAAACCAGCCUGGAAUCCCCAAAGCACAAGCCCUCCCCACAUGGGUCCGGGUUCCUUUGACUUGGCCCAGGACUGGCCCGCUGAUCGCUCCAGUUUAUUUUGUUGUGUCCAGAUUGGUAUGAGCAGUGGUGAUGCAUCCCUUGUCCUGUGCAGACAGAGCUUCCCACCCAGCAGUCUGUAGCCCUCGGGUGCCCUGGGGAACAGACUGUGAGAUUUUGGUUUUCUACCCAAAGAAAAUCUGUGCAGUGUGGCUGAUGGAAGGGGGGAGGAGUGGCUCGAGAAAAGCUUUCUUCCUGGGGGCUGGGAACCCUAAUUUUUGGUCACUUCCAAAGGCUUUAUUUCAUGACUCUUCCAGGUGGUGCAUCUCAGCGCCUGAACCUGCUGCUUUUGUCUCCUUUGGUACCUGUAGUUACAGUUGGGGUGUUCUGUGUCAUAGGUUUUUAUUCCUUUCUAGGUGUGCCUCUGUGCCCUAACCGUGGGUUUCCCUCAGACGUCCAUGGCGUAGCUGUGUAAACUGGCAGUGGUGGGAAGGAUGGCACUGCUGUGUCCUGCCACUGUGGUCCUGAGGCCCUGCAGGGCCCAGCACCCUGGGAGGGAACAAGGGAGCAGUGGUACUGUGUUGACUGCAGGCCGGUUUUGUGCCUAAUCUGUUGCACUGAACAAGACCAAAAUCACUCGUUGUUCCCGUGUUUUGAGGGUAUCAAGUGUCUCUAGUGUGAUGGUUUACACAACCAGUUUAUGUGGUUAAAUAGCCCUUUAUUUAAAGAGAGAAACAUCAUUUUAAGAGUUAUUAAAUUAUCUAAGUUUAAAAUUGGACAGAAGAGAGAGCGUAUUUAUAGUCAGCUUUUUUACCUGAGAAGGCGAGAAUAUUUGACCAUAUGAGUGGGGAAAUAUUCUCAGAGACUUUGCUAGUUAAAAGUUAAUAAAUAAAUAAUUUUAAAGUUUCUCAUGAA